AUGAGCGAAAAUAAUGGCUAUUAUAAUUAUUGGCAGAACAACGAGCAGUAUUACCACUGGUAUUAUAUACAACAGCAGCAGCAACUACAGAAUGCUAGCGUAGGCGGUUACAAUGCAGCCUACUACAACUACUACAACAAUCAGCAAUUCUACCCACAACAGCAGCAGCAGCAACAACAGCCGCAUAGCAAACCAAAGAAGCAGAAGCAGCCCCAGCAACAGCAAUCGAAACAAUUGCACAGAUGCUCACAGCCAGAUUGCUUCAUCACCGGUUCAAAGAAGGAAGUCGAAAUACACAUGAUGGAUAGACAUCUUAUAUACCCACCUGGUUAUCUAGAGAAUGAGGCACGGAAGAAGGCAUCCAAACCACCAAAACCAACGGUACCUGUAGAGGGUACGAAUAUAAUGUUGGACACUCCAGAAGCAAUAGAGAAGUGGAUAUUAGAACGCAAGAAGCGCUUCCCUAGUGCUGCAAACAUCGCAGAAAAGCAGAAGGAGAAGGAGGAUAAGAUAGCUAGAGGUGAGAUACCUUUAGAUCCAAAGUUCACAGGCAAGAAUAAACGUUCCACCAAUUGGCAUAACGAUGAUAAGAAGCGUAAUACAACAAAGAAACCGCGUCUGCACAUUUCUGAAGAAACGAAUCUGUCAGAGCAAGAACAAGACGAUGACCAGGCACCAGAGAGUGCCUCUUCAAAGAUACCAACACGUAUGCCACCUUCAAAGCUACUCUCUCAACCGCGUAUAGAAAGAAAGAAGCUGGAACCACGGCAGAAAGCAGCUAAUAACCAAUUCCAGCAGCCGAAUUUGAUGGCUAAGCUAUUCAAUGACGAAAUACGUCAAAGUGUGAGUUAUCUCUCCCAGACGAUACGCUUUCUUGUCGCAAAUGACUGUCUGGAGAACGUGGAAACGCAAAUAGGAGAAGCAGAGAAGCCAGAUUUGCUAACGGAAGUUGAAUAAUCUAUAUUCAAAAUAACUGGCAGCUCACUGGCCAGCGGGCGAAGAAGGAAAAAUAAGGCGAAAAGAGAGAUAGACUAAUAGAUUGUAUUAUUUGUACAUAUAAUU